GGCUUGUCCUGUUGCCGAACGAAGGAAGCGACGCCGCUCUCGCCGUCUCACACAAAUUCAAACCAACUCCCACUCCAAAAAUUGUGCUUCGCUUUGUUGUCUACGGAAGGGUACUGUAUCAUCAUCAGAUCUGGACCAGCUGUCAUCAUAUCAUCAGCAUUGCGAUUGCUUUGCGUUGCAUUGCAUUUUCUGCUGCCUUCCGAGUUCCAAGAAAAUACAAAAUACAUGCUGUAACACAUACAUGCAUGUUGUUGUUGUUGUUGUUGUUGUUGUUGUGACAAACGUAGCAGGAGUAGAGGCGACGACAAGAGGCUGAGCUUAUCAGCUUAAUCAUAAUACCAGCUAGAGCUACUAGCGAAGAACAAAUAUACCCACAUACAACGGUAUCAUGACCAAAACCAGCGACAAUCUCUUGACCCUCGCGGCGACCGAGUUGGAAGCCACGAAACAAUGCGUACCCUUCCACCACGAGUUUCCCUCGGCGUGUCGCGCCAUGAUGUACAGUCUUCCUGGGAAUCUCCUUUGUGUCGAUUGCGGGACACCUCGUCCCCAAUGGGCCAGUGUCACGUACGGCGUAUUACUCUGUGUGCAUUGCAGUGGUCGUCAUCGAUCCUACGGAGUGGGCAUUUCCAAAGUCCGAUCCGUGGAUAUGGAUGCCUGGACGCAACACGAAAUCCUGGCCAUGCUCGAAGGAGGCAAUGAUCAGCUCCACGGAUUCUUUGUACGACACGAAAUGGGAAACAACAUUGGCGAGGGAAUGGCACGGCAACGAUACCGAACCAAGGCGGCACUCUUUUAUGGUACUCACCUCAAACGACAUGUCGAAGACAUUGCCUCGUCGGGGGUCGCUUAUCAAGGGCGGAUUCGGCGAAACAGUCAGGAGCGGGAACAACCUCCACCACUAACCCCCACCAGAACGACGACAACCAAGGAACCAUGUGCGUUCCAUCCGCCUGCUACUCCCACUAUGGAAGCUGUCCGUGCCAAGCGGACUCGUAAGCUACCCACUGCUACUAUUACACGGCAUAUGCAAUAAUAUAAUAUCAAGAAUAAAAGCAAUCAUAUAGAGAUUUUGGUUUUUG